CUGGCGGUCGCGCGUGCGCUUUGGCGCGCUCCCUGUGAUUGGCUCCACGCGACCACGACGCUUUAGUUUUCACUUUCUGUCUGCCGAGCCCCCUCCCUUUCUCCUUGUCCACGAGGUUUCACUUCCGGUUGCUGGUGCCCGGGGGGCCGGAGAGCAGACGCGGUUCCAGCUUGUGUUGUCUCGGUAGCUGUUUCCCGCCCGUGGGGCUGAGUGAGGGGCCCGAGCGUGCGUGGCGCGCGCGCGCGGCCGGGACACCCGGGAUCGUGAGGCGAGGUCGGGAGACGCGGCAGAGCGAGGGGCCAGGAGGAGAAAGGGACGGGCUGGAAAAGCAUGGGAAGGACUCUGAGCGGUGAGCUCUACUCCUCAGGGAAGGCGGCCGCGCCGGGGACAGGGAAAGCUCAAGUUUGUGUCUAAGAAUUAUACAGGUAACUACCUAACAACCCUAGGCCAUCUUAUGGCUAUCACUGCCACGUGGAUGCAGACAUCUACAAAGUUUCUUACAAAAGAAGUCAUUUUCGUGCCUUCAAACUAAGUCACUCAUUACCUCUAUGAACCUUCAGGCAACGCUGUUAUUAAAUGACCCAGAUAGACCUGUCCUUAUAUAAUUGUAGCUUUUCAGCACAAGAAACCUAAAAAAUGGCAGCACCCACUUAUAAAAGCAUACUUGAGCUCAAUAAAAAUGCUCUCAUCUCUCCAUGGAAAGGGCAGUUAGUUAUCCAGGGUUGUCUGCUGUGUGAUAUAACUCUUUGGACUGCUUGUGGCACAGUAGUUCCUAUACAACUGCCCCGGGAACUAGAUUUUAAGUAUGUAAUGAAAGUGUCUUCUUUGAAAGAAAGCCUACCAGAAGCUGCCUUUAGAAGACGGAAUUACUUGGAUCAGAAAGUCUGUUGUCAAGACUUAUGCUUUGAUUUAUAUGAAGUUGAAUUGACAAACAAACAAGGAGAAAACAUAGAUAAGCUAUUGGAAUAUAUUAAAUAUAAGGAAUUGGCGCUCAUCAAAUGCUUAGAAGACAGGAGUUUCUUCAUUUUACUUACAUCGUCAGACUUAACUCCAGAGCCAGAUUUUGGAGAUGAGCAGAUGGGUCUACAUGGUUUACAUUUAUUCCAUGCACCUCAGCCAGCAGGAGCAAAGGACUUGAAAGUUGAAGAUGGCCUCUCUCUGAAAGUGGUACCUAUUUUACCUGCCCUUAGUUAUGCACUUCUAGAAGCAAAGAAGUCACUUUCUGAAGAAGGAAUCCCUCCAAACAUCUUAGUAAAGCACAGUUUCCAAGAGCUGUACAAGGCGGACAGAAGCCUCUCCUUGAUGGCUCCUCCUUCAGAUGGAGUCAGAGAUGCCGCGUCCACUGGGAGCCUGCCCCACGCCUUUGACCUGCCUGCCCCCCUGGAAACGUGCCCUUCGGAGUCCUUGACUCAGCUCAAGUGUUAUUUUUCAGACCCUACUGGUUAUACUCUGGACCUGUCUGCUGCUCUGGACUUGUUGGCAGAACAUCCUCAGGUCCCUUGCAUUUCAGAUGGGAUUUGUGAUGCUGGGUUUUCUUUAGUUAUGACACCAGAUCCUGAAUUUCUUGACUCAGAGAUGGAAAUGAGAAAAGAAACUGAAACAGCAGAAAAGUCUGGGAGAACAUUGAAAGUAAAGAAGAAAGCUAUGACUCCAUCUUCCAAUCAGAGAGUUCAGCCAAAGAGGAAGGCUACCACGGCAGCUGUUACACGGCCAAGUAAGCGGGUGAGCCUGGGCCGGGCCACUUCUAAAAGAACUGCACCCAAAACAGACAACAGGUCAUGCAACCCAACUCUAAAGCUAGUUAAAGGGCAGUUUCCUCAGAAGAGAAAAAGAGGUGCAGAAGUGCUGACUGCACAAAUUGUACAGAAAACCAGACUAGAGAGAAAAAAACAAGAAGCUUCUGUAUCUAAAGAUGCUCCAGUUCCUACAAAUGCUAAAAGGGCAAAGAAGCAAGAGAAGUCUCCGGGUAGAACUGCAUCACGGCCUAAGCCACCCGUGAGAAAGUCGCCACAAAAACGGAAGGUAAAUGUAGCAAGAGGCCGUCGGAAUACCAGAGUCCGAAAGCAACUCAAGCCUGCUGAAAAAGAAAUUGCUUUACAUCUUCAACCAGAAAUUUUAUCAGAUGGUCAAAAAGAUGGACUUAACCUCAGUACAUCUCAACAAGAAAGUAUUGGAAUGAUUCCUAAAGGUCCUCCUGAAAAUUCAGUCAUCACCUGUGAUUCCCAGGCCCUAAAUAUGUUAGCUGAUCUGGCAUUAAGCUCUGCUGCUGCUUCUAUACCAUCCUGCUUCUCUGAAUUGCCACAAAACAAUGUCUUACUCACUAAAGAAAAUUCAUUGCAUGGUGCCUCUGACCAUGAAUAUCACAAGGGAGUUAAAAGUCAAAAAGCUGCACUACUACCUAAACCAUACUCUGACGAGAAGAUUAGUUCAGAGUCAGACUUAACUCAUAGCCAAGAAGAAAACUUGGCACCACCAUCUGCUCAGCCUCUUGCUGUUGCCCAGCCAGCACCCCAAGAAGCCCGAGAAUUCUCAGAUGCAAGUCAGAACUCUGUUGUUGUGGAACAUUCCUAUGCCUUGCUCCUUGCUGAGCAAUCAAAGAAACAUCUGCAUCAGAGAAAGCUACCAAGCCCUGCUUUUGUCAAGAAUGGGACAAAAGGCCCAGAAGCGGGAACACCUGUAGGAAAGGUCAUGCCAUUUCGGCAUCUACAGCAUACCUCCCCACUACAAAAGCAUUCUGAAUAUUCAUUGACUAAACGCAAAAGUCUGUUUGUAUCUUCAAGCCUUAAAGAGUUUUUUUGCUCUCAUACUGUUCUUAGUUGUGAUGGCUCCUUUAAGAUUACUUUCAAAUGUGAAGGAGAGUAUGUAUUCAGCUUAGAUAGCAAAUACACCAGCAACCCUUUGGAGAAAACUGUUGUGAGAGCAUUACACGGACCCUGGAACACUGAUUGGCCUGAAAAUAUGGAAGAUGUGAAGCUUUUACUUCAUAUAUGGGUAGCUCUGUUCUACAGCAAAAAGAACAAAGCCAUCGGGUCACCUCGAAAGGUAGUAGAACACAAAAACCCAGCAAAAUAUGUAUGCAUAAAUAGGUCUUUAGAAUCUUUGGAUCACAGUGAAAUUGAGGAGUUUUCCAAUGUGGAAAGACCCUCAGUUGGAGGGUCUGUAGACCCUCUGUUGGAGACUAAGGAAACACACAUUGGUCAUGCCACCAUGACCUUCCCUGGACCCAACCGCGUGCUUCCUUUCAUUAAUCCACCAACUACCAGAGACUUGGAACUCUGUGUACAGAAUGACCAGAAAGAAGUAUUUACAGGGGAAUGUCACCUGGAUACUUCAGGAAACCAGAAUUUCAUCUAUUCUUGUAAUACUGAGGUAACUGGAGGUAAAGCCAAACAAGAAUUACCAGAAAAACUAGAGACUUCUAAUAUUGUGCUUUCUGGUGUUGUAAGUGCCCAAAGUAAUGGAACUUAUAUUCCCAGUGAAGAUAAAACCUGUCAGAACACAAAAAUGGUUUCUUAUAAUGAGUCUGUCACACAAGCCACCUUGACCACAGCUCAUGAUGAGACCAGCAGUGAGUCGAUGUGUCAGAAGACUGUGUUCGACAACCUUGAGAACAAAGUUGAUACUUUUCACCCAUCACUGCUGAUAAAAACAGGUGCUGUACAGGAUGUUAUCCAGCAUAGAAGCCACAUAAAAAAUGAAUGUCCACCCUCUGUAGAAAGGAGGGAGGAUAAUGUGGAAUGUAUGGUUAAUCUUGAGCCAGUUACUCUUGCUUUUGAAAAAAAUGCCAAUGUACCAAUACAUACAGAAGUAAAUACAACUGACAAACCUGCAGGCUUUAAUACUGAACUGGUUAAACAAGUAUCCCCUGCCUUGGGUAUUCAGUGUCCUGUGUCUGCAUUGGAAAAGGUACAAACACAGAGUGCUAGGGAUGUUCCUUCUCUUGCCAUGUCAAAGUAUAAAGGUAGUAAGUGCCUUUCUGCUGAUUCCAUAAAAAAGGAAACACCUCCUGAGAGUCUGUGUCUAUUACAGAAAGAGAUUUCUCCUCUGACAUCAUCAGCUGAUGGAUUGAUAAUGGAGGCAUUCUCAUUAGUUAAAAGUUCUAGUUAUUCGUUAGCCAGUAAUAAAACAAUGUGCCCUCAAGAUACCUCUCUACAGACUCAGAAUGGCUUGAGCAUGUCUUCAGAUGAAGUUCUAGAACCAUCGCAAGUAGUCUCAUCAACCUCUGUUCCCUUGCGGGAACAGCAGUUCCCUAACUGUAUUCUAGCAAUGAGUGAUGUAGCAGGUGGCUCUUCAGAAAUAGUGAAUAGUGACAACAGUAGUCUAAACCAAGACAAGAGUUUGCAAACAUUUAACUUGGCGGUAUUUCCCAAACGAACUGAUAGCUCAAUGAAUAAGGAAGAGGUUAGCAUGGAGUUGCCAGGGGAUGAUGCUGAUAUUAAUCUGACUCUAACAAUAUCACCACCUACAAGCCCCAGUGAGGAGAUAGCAGCUGGUGAAAUUGAACAAAUGCAGGGAGUCCCAGUAUCAAAUGUAGGACAGCAGAGUAGAUCUGAAGAAAUAGUUGAACCAGAAAGACAAGAGAGACUCAUAAAAAACAGAGAAACAAAUUCAGCUAGCUGUAUGUCAGUGUAUCCCGUGGAAUCCAAAGAAUCAUUAAAAAAUUGUACCCCUGAGGUUACAGAGAAAGUUAAUGUCACCUCAGACUUUCCCUUUGGCCCUCUAAUAGAAGUGUCACCAGCCUCAAGUCCUGAUCCCAUAUUACAGAGUGGAGACAGACAGUCAUCUCCAUGUUGUUUAAAACUCCAUGGCUCACAGUCUGAGAAAACUAACAAGUUGUCCCAUAUUAAGUCAGGAGAUGUAACUAUGCCAGAAAAAGAAAGUCUUCUUGUUGGUCCAAAGGGACAAGAUAAGUUAGCUCAGCAAAUGCAGCUCUCAGCUGAAAUGCCACAGAUACCAACUAACACAGUAGAAGUAGAAGGUAGAGUUGCUGUGCCUGGUCAAGUAACCGAGGUCAGUAUCCCCAGUGAGCAUGUGCCUUUCUCAGAAAAAGUGCAGUGCUAUGAUACAGAGUUAAAUAAGCCUACCUCGCCUGCCAGAUAUGGAGGUAAUUUUAAGCCUCUUGAGAAACCUGUAAAAGCAGGAAAUUCAUUGGAGGCAGAUUGUAUGGAGAACAGAGACAUGGACAUAAAACACCUUGCCUUGGAGUCCAGUGUACCCUUACCUAGUCCUAGAAAAGUCGUUGAAAAUAAAUCUUUUUCUGACACAUUGGUUUCUGUAACCACAAGUGGAAUAGUGAAUAUGUCAUUAAAACAGACUAAUUCUGAAAACAUGAAGAAAAGUGUCUGUGACAGUGAUGUAAAAACAGAAGCUGAUCGUAAUGUGCAGGUGGGGACAGAGAACUCUGCCUCCAUUGACAAAACUGAGGUGCAGGCAUGCUUUCAUCCAGAAGCCUCAAAGUUUGUUUCUUCCUCUGACAGUGCUCAGUGCACCUAUUCUACAAACCCUGUAAAUGUAGAGCCAGGGUUUCAAACACAGGAAAUCCCAGUAGUCAGAAUGGCCAGUUUACUUAAGAAUAUUGGAACUGAAUUACAUGAAGAAAGGAUGGAUCUCAGUGCUACUGGCCUUCGCUCUAACUCCAUGUCUACAAAAGAUGAACAAAAAACAAUUCAUGUGCUGCAGGACACAAUAUGUGAAGUAAAGGAGUUCUUGAAUGGUGAUGUUUUCUCCCAGGAUGCUCAUUCUUGCCAAAAUACAGUAGACUUCAGUAAAAGUAUCAGUGAAGAUCCUUCUGCUUCCUUUGUCCCAGAACUUGUUGACUCUGUUUGUGGCGUCUACAAAGAUCAUACUUUCAGUGAAAGCCCUAGCAUGGGCCAUGAAACCAAGGCAGAUGCUGAAACACUGAGCAGGGAUACAGAGAUAAGUGUAAAUGUUCCCAUGUGCUGUGGACCACGUUCUGGAGACUGUGUUCAGGAUUCUCUUGAUUGUACAAACUGCAAGUUUGAUGUGGAGAAUUUGAGAGGUAAUCCCCCAAACCAAAAAGAAGCAAUAAAAGGUAACUGUGAAUCUUUCACAAGCUUAAACAACAGUGAUGACACCUGGGCCUGCUCUAGCAAAAUUUCAGAGCUUGAGACACACAUCCCACCCAGAAACCAGGAAACAGAACCAUGUCCUAUCUCACCAAAUAAGUGUAUGCCAUGCUACAUCCAGAUCCCAGAUUCCCAUGGUAUCCCCAAGACUUAUGCUAACUUUACUGUAACAAAAGAGUUCAAAGAUACAACAAGAAGGAUGCAUAGCCUGAAGAGGCGUCGGAAUGUGAGUGCAAACUGCAACCUCCUCAGCUCCUGGACUAGCACCUGGCAUGUGACAGAUGACAUUACUCAGAGUACAUUGGACCUAGAGUACUUGCGUUUUGAUCAUAAGCUAAAGCAAGUGAUAAAGGGCUAUUCUCAUCAAUCUUCCCCUUCCAACAACAUCUUCCCGAAGGAAUCGCUCAUCCAAAUCUCUGUUGGAACAUCCCCUUCCACCCAAACAUCUGAGGCCUCGGUGUAUCUUCCACCCAAGAGCAGAAGCCCCAUUCUGGUGACAGUCAUACACUCAGACACCAGGCAGCAGAGUCAUCACAGAAGGCACUCCUCACCCAGAAGUCUAGUCGGCUCUUGCUCUCUCUGGAAGGAAAAAUGUAGUCAAAGUAGAAAUCGUAAAAAUUCUGAAGGAAGUCAGAUUCUUCCAUUCCACCUCAAUAAACUGAAAUACAACAGUACUUCAAAAGAAUCUAGAAAUGAUAUUUCACUUAUUUUAAAUGAAUAUGCUGAAUUUAAUAAAAUAAUGAUGAAUGACAACCAAACUGUUUCCCAAGAUAAAGAGCUAAAUGUAGCUUCUGUAGAAGCUGUUUACCAGGAGACAUACCAGCCAAGACAGUCAGUGUCCUACAAAGAUGUGAUCACAGACUUGUGUACCACGCUGCAGGUCAAACUAAAAGGAGUUGUGAGAGAGGCUUGUAAGAGCCCUUUCUGGUUCUACCUCGUUGAAACAGAAGAUAAGUCAUUCUUUUUAAGAACAAAGAGCAUUCUAAAGAAAGGAGGCCAUAAAGAAAUUGAACUUCUGGAUUUCUGUCAAGCUCUUCACAGAGAAAAUGAAACACUAUUAGUUGUCAUUAAAAAUGAAGACAUGAUUUCACAUCUGCAUCAAAUUCCUUCUCUACUGAAGCUAAAGCAUUUCCCUGGUGUGGUCUUUGCUGGAGUGGACAGCCCUGAAGACAUUCCAAAUGACACAUACCAAGAGCUGUUCCGAUCCGGAGGCUUUGUGGUAUCAGAUGAUGUCAUACUGGAAAGUUUAACAUUAGUUCAACUGAAGGGAAUUCUCAAAAUCCUAGAAAAACUAAAUGAAAAUGGCAGAUGGAAGUGGCUGCUUCACUAUAGAGAAAAUAAAAAGCUCAAGGAAGAUGUCAAGGUAGAUUCAAUUGCACAAAAAAAGAAUUUAAUUCUAAAGUCAUAUCAGAGUGUAAAUAUCAUUGACUUACUUCAUUAUCACAACUGUGAUUCUCCAUCAUCAACAAAAGGUGAAAUUUUGAAAUGCUUGUUAAACCUGCAAAUUCAACAUUUCAGUGCCAGGUUUGCUGUCUUCCUAACAGACAAGCCCACAGCGGCCACAGAAAUCUUUGAAAAUAAUGGAAUCCUUGUUACAGACAUAAACUACUUCACUGAAAAUAUACAAAAGAUAGCAGCUCCAUUUAGGAGUAGCUAUUGGUGAUUUUGGAGUUGAGACUACACAUGGAGUACAUACAGCAAGAAGAAAUUUGUAUUUUCCUGUGUCUAAAAAACUCCAAAUACAUACAACUCUCAUUUGAAUAAUCAAUGUUUCGUUUCUCAUACUUUGCUGUAAUGUCUCAUUUCAUCAUGGAUGAUAGUUGUCAUUAGCUUUGGGUUAUAAUGUUGACUAUUGUUGUAAAUUAUUUUCAACCUAAAUAUGAUGUGUUCAAACUUAUUAAUUGAGCUAGAUAUUAAAACUUGAGACCCUCACGUUUGUGGCUAAAACUAAGUAUUUUGACAUAUAGCUGUUUUUGCGUGUGGUCAGAGGCGAUGAGCUGCAUGUUUCAGAGGUUUUACCACAUUGUAGAAAGUAUCAUUUGUAAUGGUUGUUUGCUGUUACAUAAGAAACACUACAUAAUGUAAACUUUUUUUGUAAAUGACAAAUUUCUACACUUUUACACUUGGGUUUUUUAAUGCUGCACUACAAAGAACUCAAUUGAAGAAAUCUUUUAUUUAUGAUAUUAGAAAUUUCUUAAAUCUUUAAAAUACAAACAAGAAAAAAAAUUGUAUACUAUCUAUUUGGAACAAAGGCUUUUAUACCUGGCUUGGUUUUUUUUUGUUGUUGUUGUUGUUGAUUUGUUGUCUUUUUGUUUUUUUAAUAAAGACUCUGAAAAUGCAGUCAUUUGUAGUCUGUGUGCAAUGUCUUAGGAAGGUUUAGGCCAUUGCCAGGAUCCCUUUAAGAAAGACCUUUGGUCAUGCUUUAUUGCCCUUUAGUAACUCAUGGUCUUGGCUUUCUAAAGCCCUGCAAGGUGCAGAAAGGAAGGCACUAACUUUCUCUCAAUAUGGACAGCAGAGUUGACAUCACAAAGUGAAAGAGGAAACCACCAAUCUUAGUGAUGAUGCUUUCUGACCCAUACCUGUGUAAACAUGCUAACCUCUGCCUCUCUGGACUACAUCUUCCCUGCAAUGGGGGCUUUCCUCAUAGAAGGGGCAGGGG